AUGGCACAAAUUAGGGAGAUUAACACGUUUCCCAAAGCUUCCAAAUUCACGCCGUACGAUAAAAACAACUUUGAUUUCGAAUUAUUGAAGAGGAAUAAAGCGCAUCUGAGUCGCGAUAAUUUGAAAGUGUGUAAAGUUAUCAUUUUGGGUGAUUUGUGUGUUGGGAAAACAUCUCUAUUAAAUCGCUUCUGUCACAAAAUAUUUGACUCGAGUUACCGCACAACAAUCGGAGUGGACUUUCAUUCGGAACAAAUCAAUAUUCUGGGAAUCCCCUACUACUUACAAAUAUGGGAUACCGCAGGUCAGGAACGCUUCAAAUGCAUCGCUCAAUGUUACUACAGAAAAGCUCAUGUUAUUAUGCUCGUGUUUGAUUUGUCGACGAUAAGAACCUUGGCAAAUUGCAAACAUUGGCUACAUGACGCUCUCGAAGUGUGCAAAGACAACGCCCCUUUUAUUUUCCUUGUCGGGUCCAAGAAAGACUUGCUCUCGCAAGAAGGGUACAACAGUGUCGAAAAAAUCGCCCUAGCAAGUGCAAAAACUCUGAACGCGGAAUUCUGGAGCGUUUCGUCCAAAACUGGCGAAAACAUUGACGAACUGUUCGUCAGGGCCGCAGCUCUGAGCUUUAAACGGCACAUUAACAUAACUGGGACGGAAAACAUCAACAACAAUAGCAAAAAAAUUGGAACUGAAUUAAUAUGCGUGGAGAAAAAGAGAAGGGGUGAUGAUCGGCACACUGGGUGCGGUAGCAAGUGUGCAAAAGCUUAAAUAGACAUGUUUUUCCCCCAAGUAUUUAGUUGUGUAGGCAACCAGUUAUACGCCGCACGUGACCUUGCCGGA